AUGGAGGCCACCCAAGAAUCUACUCAGCCAUGUGCGGACCCUCGCCGGAUGGGGCUCAACAACUCUGGGCUCCAUGAUCAGGAUCUGGCCGACAUCAUCUGUAUCCUGCAUCCGAACUCUCAUGCCGCGCACGAUGCGGUUGCUGCCACUGCAAGCCUAGGCAAUCAACAUAUUUUACAACAAGAUGUCUUGGACUUCGAAACGUCUGAGACUGCUGCUCUCGAUGUUGCCUUGAGGCUGUCAUCGCAAGUAUGCGACCUCGGGGUGGGCUUCUGCUUUGGUCGCAACCGCGCCCGUUGUGAUGUCCUUCUGGCUGUCGACGAUGAAGCGAAACGGGUUUCUAAUACUCAUUUCCGGAUCUACCUGACUGGCGACGGCAUCAUCAUGUUGCAAGACACCUCUACCAACGGCACCAUAGUAGACAACUGCCGCCUCAGGAAGAAUCAAAAGGAGAAUAGUCGGAUGCUCACCAACGGUUCAGUCAUCCAAGUGGUGACUGGAAACCAAGGAUCCGAUGAGGUGCGGUUUGUCGUACGAAUCCCAUCUCGCGAAGGCUUCGCCGUUCAAUACACCCAGAAUGUCCUUCGUUACUUCGAACGUGUACAGCAGGUGGCAGGAGCCAUGCAGCUUAGGAAUCGAAAUGGCCCAACUCCGCCUGUGCUAUCAUGGUCGGUCGCAAACACCUACGGUAUGCAUUGGACGGGCGGCUCGGAGUACAAUGUGACAGGGCAGAUUGGCAAAGGCGCCUUCGCCACGGUCUACAAGCUAGCUACCAAGCAGCAUGGAGCGAUAUAUGCUGCGAAAGAACUGGACAAGCGGCGCUUCAUGAAGAAUGGUAUUCUGGAUCAAAAGGUCGACAAUGAGAUGAAGAUUAUGCGUGACUUGAAACAUCCCAACAUCGUUCAAUAUAUCGACCACCAUGAACAUGAUCGAUGGAUUUACAUUAUCAUGGAGUACGUUCCCGGGGGCGAGCUAUCCACAUAUCUCUCCAGCCACGGCAAGAUCGCAGAGGACAUGGUGCGGACAAUCGCUCGCCAACUCUUACGGGCACUUCACUACCUUCACAAAAAACGCAUCACCCACCGCGACAUCAAACCGGACAACAUCUUGAUCGCUUCCCUAGAUCCGCUGCGCAUUAAACUGUCGGACUUUGGACUAUCAAAAGUCACCCAGGAGGAGACAUUUCUCAAGACAUUCUGCGGUACCCUACUGUACUGUGCGCCCGAAGUCUACCCCGACUAUGAAACAUACCGACGGGGUGAGCUGAGAAAGAGACGUCGCGUUGGGGAUCCCCCUCCCAAGACGUCGCCUUACAGCCAGUCAGUUGACAUGUGGUCACUGGGUGCUGUGCUGUACCAUAUUCUCUCUGGAGUUCCUCCGUACUCCGGACGGGCAGAGGAACGCGGUGUUGCCAUGCUGCGAAGCAUCAUGGAAUCAGAGGCAGAUUUCGAUAUCUUGCGACGUGAGGGUGUAUCGGAAUCUGGCGUUGAGUUCGUUGCUCAGCUUCUCAAUCGAGAUCCUUUCAUGCGACCAACGGAAAAGCAAUGUUUCCAGCAUCCAUGGAUUGCCGAAGUCCCGGACGUGGAUGAAUAUGAAGACGAUGACAUCUUGGUAGACGCACGCGACGCUCUCUCGGUCAUAGGAGAGGCCGAGGAAGAGCUCGAUGCGUCCCAAUUGUCGAUUCAUGAGGACGCUGCAUACACACUUGCGACAGGUGCAGAGGAGUCUAGCAGCAACGAAGCCCUUGCCAAAAGGCCACGCAUCGAAUACAUCCCUGCGGGCAUUCGAUACCCAUCUCUUCCCAAAAUUGAGAGUUUCCAGGAUGGCCAAAUGGUUGCCGAGACCCACGCAAGAAGGCUCUUUGGCGAAGUCACCUCUUCAGCUCUACGCAGCUCCUAUGCCCUUGGCACUGGGUCGGCUUUGCUUCUUCUGGUGAGUCGGUGA